GCGUCGGCCCCCUCACCUUUUCCUUCCCCCACCCUCGCCCUCUGAAUCGACUGACUUCCGGCAUCACCCAGCAACGUUCUUUCCGUCCCUAACAGCGGCACGGUCACCUUUGCCGCUAUUCAACAGCUCAAAUUCGUCCAUCAACUCUGAGUUCAGGGACUGAAAAGCAGUACAUCCCAUCCGCAAUUAUGACUUACGGAGGUUCAUCCGGUGGAGGUGCUGGUGGCGGUUACCGCGCGGGUGGAGGCGGAGGUCAGCGUGGCGGUCCCCCCCGCAACAGUUAUGGCGGCGGUGGUGGUGGUGGUGGUGGUGGAAAUAGAUUCGGUGGCAGCCGCGGUGGUAACGCCGGCUCCAACAAUCGGUUUGGAAAUCGUGGCGGAAACAUGAAGGGAGGCAGAAGUGGAGGUGCUGGAGGCAAUCUUCGUAAGCCAAAUUGGGAUUACGAGAAUCUCAAGCCUUUCAAGAAGGAGUUCUACGUGCCCCACGCAGAUGUUGCCAACAGACAUCCCCGUGAGGUCGAGGCUUAUCGUGGCGAGAAGCAGAUAACCCUGAAGGGCGAGAAGAUUCCCAAUCCAAUUCAGUACUUCGAGGAGGGCAAUUUCCCUGACUACGUGAUGCAGGGGAUAAGGAAGCAGGGAUUUUCAGAGCCAACGGCUAUUCAGGCUCAAGGAUGGCCCAUUGCCAUGUCAGGGGGCAAUAUGGUUGGAAUUGCGCAGACAGGAUCUGGAAAGACUCUGGGGUACAUUCUUCCAGCUAUUGUUCACAUCAACAGCCAACAGCCACUCAAUCGUGGAGAUGGGCCCAUUGCUCUGGUCCUUGCACCCACUAGGGAGCUAGCUCAGCAGAUUCAGACUGUUGCACAGGACUUUGGAUCGCUCUCUUAUGUCAGGAACACCUGCAUCUUUGGUGGUGCACCCAAGGGUGGACAGGCACGAGACCUCGAACGAGGGGUGGAAAUUGUCAUUGCCACACCUGGACGUCUCAUUGACUUCCUCGAACGUGGCACCACCAAUCUCAGGAGGUGCACUUAUCUCGUUCUCGACGAGGCUGAUCGCAUGCUGGAUAUGGGAUUCGAGCCACAGAUCAGGAAGAUCAUUGAACAGAUUAGGCCUGAUAGGCAGGUACUCAUGUGGUCAGCCACUUGGCCCAAGGAGGUCAGAAAUCUUGCUGAGGAGUAUCUCACUGAUUACACACAACUGAAUAUUGGGUCACUUUCGCUGUCUGCUAAUCAUAACAUUCUGCAGAUCGUUGAUGUUUGUCAGGAGCAUGAGAAAGAGGCCAAAUUGGGAACUCUCCUUCAGGAAAUUGGCAAUGUUAACGAUGAUGGUGGCAAAACAAUCAUUUUCGUUGAGACAAAGAAAAAAGUUGAAAACAUCACGAAUAAUAUUCGUCGUUACGGGUGGCCAGCAGUCUGCAUGCAUGGCGAUAAGUCACAGCAGGAACGUGAUUAUGUUUUAAGAGAAUUUAGGAACAAAAAAGGCUCGAUUCUCGUAGCAACAGACGUUGCAGCUCGUGGAUUAGACGUCGAUGACGUGAAGUACGUGAUCAACUUCGAUUAUCCAUCGUCGUCAGAGGACUACAUCCACAGAAUUGGUAGAACUGGACGUUCACACUCAACUGGCACGAGUUAUGCGUUCUUCACACCACAGAACAGCCGACAGGCUAAGGAUCUGAUUAAUGUACUUAAAGAGGCUAAUCAGGUUGUUAAUCCUAAGCUGAAUGAACUUGCUGCCAAGAGUGGAGGUGGAUCUUAUGGUGGACGCAAUCGUUGGGGAUAUGGAGGUGGUCGAGGUGGGCGUGAAAACACAUUCUCAGGACAGCAUAAACGAUUUGACAACCGUGGCAGUGGCUAUGGAAACUACAGUUGAUUAUGUAAUUCAACCAAUGACCAUGGCAACCGAACUAAUUCCUGGGAGGCUGGAUACAACCACAGUUGGUUUUGAAACUGUCAUUUAAAUAAGAAAAAAAAAUUGAAAAAAAAACAGAUCAAUCUCUAGUAACCCAAAACGUAAUCGGUUAUCAGUGGUUCCAGUAUCACAAUAAUUUCAUUUGUAUUUAUCAUAAUUAAUAAAAAGGUACCUUUUUAGCUUCAGCUGUGUCACUUUUUGACAAAGGUUUAGCAUUGAUUUAUCAAGUUCUUUUUGCAUUGGUGAUACGUCGUAGUUUCAAUUCUCCUUUCAUAUUCAAAUAGAUCAAAUGUUUAUCUUAUUUUAUUAGUUUAAUUUAAACGAAUGGAUUUUUUUUUCGAAACUAGGAAAUUCGUUUGGAGUUUAGAUAUGGCGUUUAAACGUGGACCAUUUUUUUUCUUUAAAUUAUUGAUGAAAGUUAUUAAUGAAGAAGAAAAACCCUUCAGUAUUCAUUCCAUUGAUUCGGGAAUAGGGUCAACAGGAUCUUACAUAUAUUUGAUCUGUAAACACUAGUUUUUAUUUUCUUUUUCCUUGUUAUUGUAAUCGAUGUACACCAAACUUAAUAGUACAGAACAGAAAAUUGAGGAAUAACCGGGCGCUCUCAGAAAGUCACAUAAUCCGUAAAUAAUUUCUCGUCGUGAUUGUAAAACUGUUACAAGAAUUAUUAUAAAGGAAAUGUCAAUCUGAUUGGGCAUGUAGCCCAUAAAACGAAUAAAACAAAUUCCGUGAGAA